AUGCCGACCACAGCUGUUCCAACUGUGACUCCAGGAAACCCAAGUGCAGCGCCAACUUCAGCUGCUCCUUCAUCGAGCCCCACCACUGCUCUGCCGACCACAGCUGUUCCAACUGUGACUCCGGGGAACCCAAGUGCAGCGCCAACUUCGGCUGCUCCUUCAUUACGCCCCACCACUGCACAACCAACCACAUCUGUUCCAACUGUGACUCCAGGAAACCCAAGUGCGGCACCCACUACAAGUAACCCCGCAACAACUGGCACUACUAGUACUGUGAAUCCUUCGUCUAGCACAUUGGCUCCAUCUGGAAACACCAUGCUCCCAAUUGCUGCAGGUCCACUGACAUCCAGUCCUACCGAAGCCUCUGGCACUUAUCAGCCUACUCACUUGCUGAAUGGUGGUUUUACAUCUAGCCCUACGAGUUUGGUGUCGCCACGCCCCACGCAAACGAGUACUUCACCUGCCACAAUGAGCAGCCCUGCCCUUCAGACUGGCAAUCCUUCCACCCUUACUCCAACCACAAAUAGCCCGACUACCCCCCAGACGGCCAAGCCUUCUUCCCCUCCUCCAACAACACCAGCUCCCACGUCAACACCCAAACCAACGCUCUCACCAACCACAACGAACACACAGGUUGUGAAGGCCUACAAUGCGUGGGAUGUUUCCAAUUCAAUUGGUUUGACUACCAGUAUGUUGACCAGUGGGCCUGACAGACAAGGUCUGCACAAUGCGUAUAAACAGUUCGUCAAUGAAGUGGUGGGGGAGUUGACAACAAAUAGGAGAAGGCUGAAACUCUCGGAGCACCGACGGCGGUUGGUUUCCUAUGAUCCGUCGUCGGCUCUAGUUUACAAGGUUACCGAUACUCCAUGCCCGCCUUCCGCUGUGGAGAAGUCAAAAUGCCACACAGUGCAUGGUCGUUUCAACCUCCAUGUUCCUCCGGAGGAAGAUGCAAAUGAAGUAUAUGCUGCAUAUGUGAAUGCAACACAAGCUGCCAUUGAGGAGGGAAGACUUCAGAGGAAGCUGGAAAAAGUGGACCCUGGAUCAGCUUUCUUUGUUGAACGGCCCUCAGACCCGGAAGUGGCAUUAUCAUCAGUGUCAAGCCGAGCAAUUGUGGAUCCCGACUUGCAAACUAAUAAUGAGGAGAGCAGCAGUAACGGAAUUGGGCUGCUUGGUAUCAUUCUCAUUGCAGCGGGGUGUGCAGCUGUCUUAGUGAUUAUUAUUGCUGUGUCUACGAUUGUACCGAACAAGGAAAGGAAGAAGCCGGAUAAAAACAAGAAGAAGUCCGAGGAUAAGCCACCUGCAACGGAGGUGUCGGAAACUGACCUGUCCACGGCUGUAGUCACAGAGACUAGCUCCGACGAGAGCCACCGAGAAGAGGUAGAAGAGCUUGUUAGGAAGAAUUGCCCUGAUCACCUUGACGAUGUGGAUGCCUUGUUGCGUCAGUUUUCCGGUCGCGAAGAAUUGUUGAUCCUCACGCUCCAAAAUAUGGCGCAAGAAGAUGAUCUUCACCUUGCCGAAUCAAACGACUAUGAUGUUUCCUCUAAUCAUGAAUGCAACCAGGAUUCCCAAUCGUUGAGUGGAGAGCUGGAAGAAGCUGAAGGUUUUCGUCGUGCUAAGGACACGGAUUCUAGCCAGGUGCUGAGAAUCCUGCCCGGUGGCCUCGAAGCAGCCACCGACGAUGCCAAAGAUGAAGCUGCAACGUCGGAAGUUUCCAAAAGUUUGGAGUGCUCUACUAGUGGCUUGCACGAUCGAGACAACCGAAUUGUUAGUGAUGCGGACAGUUUCAUUUUCGAUGCUCCCAAGGAUGGUGGAUCUCAUUCAUCGACGGAUAAGUGCUCUUCGACUGUUCCAGACAGUGGGCUAAUUGAAGGUGAAAACGUGCAACGUGCUGCGGUGAACGACGACACGCAUGAAGACGCAUUCAUCGCUGAGUGUAUUGCAGCCGACGAAAAAACACAAGAAACUAUGGAUUCUGAGGAUGACAAACAUGAGGAUACCAGAGAGAAACCCCGCUGCGGCGAUCCUGACAACUUGUCUGCCGGAUCAGAGAGCUGCAGCAGCGAAAAUAGCAGCAACAGGAAAUAUUGGCUUCAGGAUGCCAAUGGCGCUUGGAUUGAGGUAGAUGGUCCUGAAGAUAUUGAUGAAUCAGAAAGCGAGAUCGAAAUUUCUGAAGGGGAUCCCUCGGCUUCCAACUGGUUUCAACGAGGCAAGCAAAUGUUAGAAGACUUCAUCUAUGAGGAUGUGUCCAUCAACGACGAUGAGUCCAUCAAAGACGAUGAGUCCAGUCACUACGAUGAUUCGACAUGCUUUGAGCCCUCAAAUAACGAAGCUAAGGAGGGUGGAGUGAACGUGAGCGGCCAAGAAUCGCUGGCGAAGAUCGAAAGCUCAAGUAACGCACAGGGCACUGCAGCACUUGAAGAUGACAACAGGAAAAGUGCAGACGCUUCCAGUUACGAGACCUCUGUGGCCCUUCUGGUGGCUAUUGAAGAAGACAAAGAUGAGGAAGACUCCCAAAGAAACCACGACGUCGGAUCAGAUGGAGAUAUGCAACACCCGACGAACCACACCACCGAUCAGCCGCCGAAGUUGGAGGAGGGCAUUGGAAACGAGCUCACGCCACAGUUGCAUGAGGAAGAAGGCCUACAAAACCCUCAAUCCAUGGAAACUUCAGCUUUUGCAAUCAACGAAAGCAGUGACGACCGCCUUGACGAUGAAGGUUGGGUUCUCGACUUGAAAGAGCGGCAUGGAGAGGCCCUGCAACGAGUACAUGACAGUGAGACUGGUAGUUCCAACCAAGAUACCGAGAUCAACGACUCCAACGAAGUUGUUGGAGUGGCAGACGCAACAAGCGCCACCGCCAUCGACGACGAAGAAGAAUGCCAGGAGAAGAUUGAUGCUGCAGAACAACAAGUUGAUGCAGCAAGUGGCACUGUCGACCUAGAGAAACAACUCGAUGAUGUUGCCCGAUCCGAGCACCCCGAGGCUGGAAGAUCCACUAUCGAAACGGUGGAGCCAAAGGAUCCAGCGGAGGCUGAACCAGAAACCAUGCAAAACAACCAGAAGGAGACGGAUGACCAUGACGCUCAUGUCGAAAACAAUGUCGCCCAUGAGUUUGAACCUGACACCGAAAAAGGUCGGGGCACUGACGAGCCCAACAGCUGCAACAUGAGCGAGGAGAUAUUCGAUCAGGUGGAAGACGAACCUGAACAAGCUGACAAUUGGGACGCUGUUGACCAAGAUGAGCACCAGAUCACUGAGAUUGAACCAGAACAAGUUCAGGUUGUUGACUAUUCUGAUUGCGACAAUGACAAUGACAACGACAACGUCAACAGCAUGAAGGAAAGCAAUGGACAGGAAGACCCGGACGUUGUUGGAACAGGAGAAUCAUCGGAGUCUAAACACGAAGAGGUCCAGGUCAUUGCCGAAUCCGAGGUGUACGCAAAUAGGGAUGAAGAGCCCAAAGACCAGGCUGUAGAACAUGAAAAAGACGAGGAACUCAAGGGCGGUGCUGAAGAGCCCGAGAACACGAAUAGCUCUGGAGAAGUGACCAAUGUCCCAAAGCAUACUACUGGUGAACCAGUGAUUGGUCAGACAAAAGUUGAGACUGACGCGAACGAAGACAUGAAGGACCAGGAGGCUGAUGACCGCGAAGACAUGGCCGUCACGGCGGAACCUCACGUUACAGGAGCGCCAGAAAGUUCAGAUCAGGAUCCUUCGGCAAGCGGCUCUGCGCCUUUGACCGGCGAGACCUCACUUGCGGAAGAAAUGCCGCAACGUGAGGACUCGUCCUCAGCCUCGGACGAAGGCUCCGUAAGCAGCGGCAGUGACCAAAGCGAUCAAUCAGAUGCCUCCGAGGGGCACUAG